AUGAAGAUAGGAUCAUGGAAUGUUAGAGGCCUAAACUCGGGCCUCAAGCAGAGGGAGGUUAGGAGCCUCCUCUUGAAGUGCAAGUUGAGCGCAUUAUGUAUCAUGGAGCCCAAUCUCACACAUCAAAGACAUCAACAUUUGAAGACCCAUGGUUUCCAACAAUGGUCCUCUGAGCAGCGAGUAUGUAUUAAUAAUCGGAGUAGGAUGCUCCUCUUCUGGGAUUCACAACUCAUUACCUUGGAGAUCAAAGAGUGGAAGGAUCAAUACAUACAUACACUAAUUCAGAGCAAGGUUGCAGGGACCUUUUAUGCAGUGACUUUUAUAUAUGGACAGUUGUCAGUUACUAGCCGCCGAAGCAUGUGGGAAGAUCUACACCGAAUUGCUACAUCUAUGGAAUUACCUUGGCUCAUCAUGGGAGAUUUUAAUUCCCCCUUAUCCCCUAUGGACAAAUGUGGAGGAAUGGAUGUUACAUCAUAUGCCACAGCGGAUUUCCUAGACUUUGUGAUUAGAGCUGGGAUGGAGGACCUACAUGCUACCGGCUGUCAGUUUACAUGGACAAAUGGACGAGUGGUUUGCAAAUUAGAUAGAGCAAUGGUGAACAAAAUCUGGUUAGAACAGGACAGAAGCAGUGUGGUAGAGUUCCGACCACCAGGGAUUUUCUCAGAUCAUGCAUCUUGUAUUAUAUCCAUCUUAGAGCUUCAGAGGCCACAAGCCAAGCCUUUCAAAUUCUACAACAUGUGGACUACGCAUCAGGAUUUUGGCCAGCUAGUACAUGAGAAUUGGACACUUGCAGACUCGAUGAUUAGAGAAGGUGUGUGCCAGUUCAAACUAAAGCAAAAGCUCUUACUCCUUAAGAAGCCACUGCGACAACUCAAUAAAGAAAGCUACCAACACAUUCAGGAAAGAGCAAAGAGGGCACAGAUACAUCUAGAAGAAGUGCAGGAGAGGGUUUUAACUCAAGGAUCCGUAGAUGAGGAAUAUACAGAAGCCAGGAAAGCCGCCGAUCUCCUAUCCCAGGCCGAGUACCUCUUCUACCAACAACGGGCAAAGCAUGCAUAUUUCAAUCAAGUUGAUAGAAACACCCCCUUUUUCCACUCCUUAGUCAAACGGAACAACAAAAGGAGAGAAAUAGUGGCUAUUGAGAAAGAUGAUGGGGUGUCUACCACUAGUCCUCAGAAGGUUGCUCAGACAUUUGUCAGAUACUAUCAGGAGCUACUAGGCACUCAGGUAGUACGGGCUUCAUUUCAGGCUGAGUGUAUGUAG